AUGGGAGAUGAUUCUGAAUUAGCUUCAAUCCCCCCUCCUCCUGGUACAACGGAUAACCCACCGCUGCCCCCAAAUCCGCCAUCACCAUCGUCCAAAAAUGAAGAAACCAAUCACGGUGUACAACCAAAUUGGACACAUUAUUAUUACAAUAACUUUUAUCAACAACAGUAUGCUCAAUAUUAUCAACAACUUUCUUAUAUGAUGCCCGGUUAUAAUUACCAGGCGUAUUUAAACCAAUUUAAUAAAAAAGAUGAUAAAGUCCAACCUCCCUUACCGCCGUGUUCCCCGAAUCCCCCCUUACCGAAUUCUAACAACAACAGACCGCAGCCACUGUUAAACCAACCGAAACAAUUUGGCCACAUACGUUUCCAGUUAAAUACUAAACGUUUGCCACAGAAUAACGCCAUUUUGCAGCUAAACAAUUCUCCCAACAGCGGCGCUUCAAAGAAAAAGCGCAAACGAAACAGGAAUAAUCAGUACAAUCUUCAAAAUAAUAAUUUUACGGCACCUCCUUUGCCCCCGCCGGAAUUGACUCCUCCGAAACCUGCUCCUCCCCCGGAAACGAUGCCUCCAGAACCGCCAUUACCGCCGCCUAUCGAAGAAUCUAAACCGCCUUUACCGCAAGAGUCUCCAGAGAAUUCCCAGAACGGAUUCGGGAAUCCUUCUGACGACUGGCCGGAAAGCUUGAAGGAUUACGUGCAUCGCAGCUAUGCCAAGUGCGUAACGGCGAUCGAUAAAAAUCAAGUGGAAAUCAUUUUGAAAGGGAAAAUCACGCAAGCUUAUCAAAACAGCCAGUUGCACAAAGAUUGGAGCCGGGAACCGUUGCCGAAUAUUCACAGCGAACGGCCCUCGUUUACAGGCCAGGCGAAAACCGUAACCGGACAAUUGAGCCAGUUUCAGAAUAAUAAGAAAAAGGGCAUUUCGCCCGGCUUGGGAGCCAGGUUGGGAGCGCGGCGGAGCACUUUAAGGGGAAAGAGUAAGUCUUCUUCUAGGUCCAGGUCGAGGUCGAGAUCUCCCGCGGCGAGGAAAACUUCUAGGUCGAAGUCUGGGAGUCCAAAAAGGAAUCGUCCUUAUAGCGGAAGUUCGAGUUCCAGCAGCGAGGAAUCUGGUAGUAAACCUGCGAAAGUAACAAAAAAACCUAAAGGUAAAUUAUCGGAGAGGCUAGGUCCGACGAAACCCAAGAACGGAAAAGCUUCCAAAAAGCAAAAGGCGAAAGCGAAAAAGCCGCCACCUCAAUUCUAUUCGAGUUUCGGUAGCGAACUCGAGGAAAAUAGCGAAUUACUGCAGCAAAGGGCUGCCAGAUUCAGUAACGGUAAAAACAGCAACUCUACGAGAUCGAGCGAUAACGGCUUCGAUAAAAACCAGAGCGUUAACGCCGUUGAGGAUAGGUUUAAUGAUAAUAGUAAUGUAUCUGUGAACUUUGACUGGUCGGAUUGUCACAUUGUGGGCACUUGUCAUGAUCUGGAGAAAUCUUUUCUUCGAUUGACUAAAGCUCCUGAUCCUUGUGAUGUUCGGCCAAUCGAAGUACUUAAAAUAUCCUUACAGAAUAUCAAAGAUAAGUGGAUGCAGAAGCAGGACUACUUUUAUGCUUGCGAUCAACUGAAGUCCGUUCGGCAAGAUUUAACGGUGCAAGGUGUUAGAAAUGAUUUCACGGUAGAAGUUUAUGAAACGCAUGCGCGAAUCGCUUUAGAAAAGGGCGAUCACGAGGAAUUCAAUCAGUGUCAAACGCAAUUAAAAAUGUUAUAUAACGAAAUCGGAGGCGAGAAUAGAAAUGAAUUUGUCGCAUAUAGGAUCCUCUAUUACAUAUUCACAAAGAAUACUUUAGAUAUAAUGACUAUAAUGAAAUAUUUAAACAGCAACGAAAAAUCUGAUCGUUGCAUUUCGUUCGCAUUAAAAAUUCGUUCGGCUUGGGGAUCGGGUAAUUACCACAAAUUUUUUUCGCUUUAUCAGCAAGCACCGUUAAUGACUGGAUACCUAAUCGAUUGGUUUAUAGAACGAGAACGAAAAGAUUUUCUUAAGUGCAUUAUCAAAAGCUAUCGUCAGACCGUUUCUAUGACCUUCAUGAUGCAAGAGCUGGCCUUCCGUUCGGCAGAAGAGUGUUUCGAAUUUUUAAACCAGUUUUCUUUAACUUUCGUCGAUUCUCAAAGGACUAUGAUCGAUUGUAAGAGUAGUAUGGGUGUUCUCCCUAAUAUUUAG